AACCGGAAAGAAACCCUAGACCUCCGUCUCCGGCGACCCUCCCCUCACCUCCUCGCCGCGGCUCCCCCCGCCUGACCUCCGCGCGCCCCCCGUCGACUCCCCCCCGCGAAUCCGGAUCCCGCGCGCGCGAGGAAGGAGGGGGGGAGGAGGAGCGGGAGAUGGGGUCGUCGUCGAAGGUGGUGCGGCCGGAGGAGGUGCUGGAUUCGCUCGCCAACGACGGCACCAUCGACGCGCUCCGCAUGAAGAUCAUCGCCCAGCUCAAGGCCAACGAGGAUAUGAAGAAAAAUACUAUGAUGAUGGUGGAGCAAAGCAGAGUUCUAAACACUCCUGGAGCUGAGAAGAAGACCAAGAGGGAGUUGUUUGAUGCCCUUCGGCAGGAAUUGGAAAAUCCAGUCCUUGAGAAAGCUUCAAGGGAAGUCUGGGAUCUGAUACUUGAGAAUGGUGGACUGGGGAAAGAGAUUACUGACACUAUUGAGAGUGUCUUCUGCCGCCUCAGCGGGAUCGACAUGAUGCCACCUCCACCUUCAACAUCUAUUCCUUCUCACCAAGAGAGAGAAAGAAACAUGGCUGCAGAUGGGGGUGAGAAGAGCAAGGAGAUUGAUACCCCGGAAAAACCAUCGUCAUCAUCAAGGAAGAGACCCUAUUCUGAUACCACUACAAAAGGGGCAGGUGCUGUACCAAAUGGCGGUGCUACAAGCCAGCAUGAUGGGUCUGAGGAUAGCAGCCAGAAGUGAUGCUUGUCGAUGCUGCAGAAUUUUUUCCUUCCAACAGGCUGAAUAAGCCAUUGUGUUUUUAUGGUUUAAUUACAAAAAUCCUUCAUAUCCGUGUAGUUCACAAUGUACAAUAGAGUAAAAUGUGUUUAUGAUUGCUGUUUAUGCUAGCCAGAUUCUAUGUGACUUGACUGCUAUAGGAUGUUUCACCUUUCAGUAUAGCUAACUUCGUUCUGAAUGUAUAAAAAGUUAAGUUAAUAUUUCAGUUAGAAUAGACUAGUUUCCUGUA